GUAAAUUGAAUAUAAAUGGCUAAAAAAUUCCCAUGUGGCGUAUGCGAUGAAGUACCAGAAACAAAACCUUGUGAGGAGAAUGCCAAUCUUUAUUCUGAAUGGAACUCCUUGGAAUGUAUAGAUACAGAAGUUGUCGAACCCAAUUGCGACUUCUGUGAAUAUGCCCCAAUCGACACUGCUAAUAAGCCCAUAAUAUGGGUUUUGGGCGGGCCUGGCUCCGGCAAGGGUACGCAAUGCGACAAGAUCAUCGCCAAGUACGGAUUCACGCAUCUGUCCACCGGUGACCUGCUCAGGGCUGAAAUCAAGAGUGGAUCUGACCGAGCCAAGCAGCUGUCGGGUAUAUUAGAGCGAGGUGAGCUGGUCCCCAAUGAUAUCGUGCUGGAGCUACUGAAAGAUGCUAUUCUAAAAAACACGGCUACGUCGAACGGCUUCCUCAUCGAUGGCUAUCCUCGCGAGGAAUCCCAGGGUCAAGCCUUCGAGAAGAGCAUUGCUCCAGUGUCCAUAAUACUGUACUUCGAGGCGACCCCGGAGACGCUGACAAAGCGGUUGCUCGGCCGCGCGGUGUCCUCCGGUCGUUCUGAUGACAACGAGGACACAAUCAAGCUGCGUCUCAAAACCUUCUUAGAGAACAACGACAAAGUGCUGGCGCAGUACCCCGACAAGCUCGUGAGGGUAAGAUACACAAUACGUCUCAAGAUGAACCUGGACAAAACGAAAGUUAUGUCCAACGCACAUGUGACCCCGGGACCUGUAGAUGGGGCUACUCUUGAGGUUGUGCACAAUUAUGUCUACCUUAGCCAAAAUCUUCAGCUUGGCAAGCACAACUUUGAGCAGGAAGCCGACAGGAGAAUUCGUUUGGGCUGA